AUGAGGCUGCCUUCGCGAGUCCGUCGGCUUGCCCGACCUUCGGUAGCAGGCACCGCGGCUAAGCCGACCCCAGCCGCACUUCCGCCAGCCUUUCUUUGUCCCCUCAUCCACGCGCAUCCCCUUUCGGUGCAGUCCCUACGGCUAGCAUCGACGUCCUCAUCCGAUAAAUCUCAGUCCAACUCUGCGCAGAACCUCAGAGGAGCGCUUAGGAGGACGGGCCAAGCUUCGAAAUGGAGUCCAAAACCGCCGGUAGCGGACGUCGGCGCUGCUUCUCCGGCCUCGAAGACCACGUAUCCAAAGCGCGGGUUGCCUCAAAGAUAUACCGCGCCAUCGCCUAAACCGAAGCCACAUGAUCGGACUCGAGAGCAGGAUCGCAGUUUUCGCAUCAGAGCAAAAGCGUUGGUCGAAUCACUUUCGGACACCUACAGCGAACUGAGCAGGCAGUCUCGCGACGCGCGCACAUCUCCAGCUCGAAUCGACUCGGACAUCACAAAUGCUCUCGCUCAUUUUGAGAGUGAGAUGAAGGUGCUUCGAGUCAUGCUCAAGUCCAAGGACGUCCUCGUCGAUCCUGACAACUCCUGGAGAUCAGCCUCACGCAUCAAAAGCCCCUACAAUACUGCGAUUCGUAUAUGCUUCCAGAAUGGCAAGGUCGAGCGUGCUUUCAAGCUACUCAACCAAAUGAAGAAGGAUGGCAUCUUUCCCGGCGCAGCUACUUAUACCGUGCUUAUUAAUGGCUUGACCCGCGUACUCGUUACGCAGAUGAACUCGGUCUCGUCAGAUCGCAAGACCGAGCAGCUACUGCAGCGCAAAGAGACGCAGCGUAUCCACGAGCUAUACCAUGAUCUCGAGAAGCUCUGGAAACAAGCUUAUCCCCGCUAUUUUCCGCGCGCCGGAAUCGCGCGAGCCAAAGACGCGGUCCCUCUCGACAAGGACGACUAUCAUACCAUGACGGAACAGGCUCGUCGCAAUCUAGUCUCGCAGCAAGCCAGCAUUUACGAAGCUCAAGAAUUCCCCAGGGUUCUGACCAACGCUAUCGGUGCCUACGCGAACUUCUUGCGUGUCAUCGACGCGAACGAUGAGCUCGACAGGCUCUUCGAUCGGCUCUUUCCACCAACGCUCAUCGAAAGCAUGGCCCGUGGCCUCAUGCCCGAUGCAUCUCCACAAGAGAAGCUGGAGCUUGCCAAUCGCAAGUUGUCCGACAGCUUGCCCCUCGGCGAUAAAUCGUCGAUCUCCUCAUUCCUCCCGAUUCCGGAUGCGCACGACCCCAAACGUUUCGCCGCUACCGGGAAGAUCUGGUCUCGCAUGUUUCUGUUGAUGGACAUAGAGCGACAUCAGCACCUCUCAUCCUCUUCACGCGUCAGCAAAAAGAAUCAGAAGCCGAGUCUCUCGUCCAAAAGCGACGCAGGGCAGCAUGACAAUGGCGGCCAAGCCGAUUUUCACGACCUCAGAUUUGUUCCCGACGAUCAGCUCAUGAUAGAUACCCUCAACCGUCUAAGACCGGUCCACGACGCGGACUCGCCUGAAACCAUUCGGCUCGGCCUUUCGAUCUUAAAGAAAGUUUACGGCCUCGAACUCGUAUCCGCCGCUGAUGGGAUCAUCAGGGAUCCACAACGUUCCGAACACGCGGAGCCUGGAGUGGAAUACUACCUCAAUAAGGACGCCGACGAGAUCAACGGGCCCGGUGGCCCGUCGGCGGAGCUGCGUUCUCCGACUGUAGCGGCCUUCGUGUUCCUGCUCCUCGCGCCAGCUAGGUUGUGGAGGGAAUACACCGCAUUCUUCAACUAUCUAUGGGCGAAGGAACAUGCCGAGCAUGCUGCCGACGGGCAGACCGAUGCACUCGUCUUUGGCAAGACGAUGCAACCGAUGCACGCUAUGAAAAUCCUCUGGAAUCAUUCGCAACAUGCGGAUCCCAUCGGAGUGCGCGUCCUCCUACAGGCGAUGAGACGUGCCGCAGAGGACUCGACCGAUCAACGAUCCGAGGAUGGCGAAAGAUCGAACAGACGAGCUCGUCGCCCAAGACCUGGUCUCCACUCACAAGCGGCUCAGUGGAAACCUGCCGACGUCUGCUACACCCGUGCUAUGUACGCCAACCUCGAAGCACUGUCAAAGAAGCCGCACGGCCUCACCGCAUUGACUUUGAAGGAGGGCGGCAAGUACGAUGUCUGGUCCGAGGCCAAGUCGCUCUAUCGCGAAUGGUUCGGGUCCAAAGUUGCGAGUCACACUACCAGGCAACGAGAUCUGAGCAGAUGGGCUACACGAGGUUGCAAGAACCCUGCGUACGGCGUGAAGCAGAGCGUGCAUUCACACGUGCACGCCGACACAAUGCGGUCUCUGCUGCUCUCGAUCGCGCGAGCAUGUGCCAACAAACAGGAGGCUGAAGGAGUUGAUAUUGCGAGAGAAGCGUUACGGCUACUCGAGGAGACCGAAGGCCUGAAGUGGAUCGUGGACGAAACGCAGCAGCAGCUGCGUCAGGACGAUGUCCAGCCUCCAUCGAGCCGACCGAGCCACAGCAAGGAAGCCUCCGCGGGCGACUUCAAGAUGAAACCGUAUACGCUUCCGCUAUUAAGCAAGAUCAUCAGCUUGGCUUUAGAUACUUCCCAGCAGUCCUUUGCUCCGAAAGAGGAUGUCGAGCUAUGGAAGCGACUCCGAAACACGCUAAGCGCUUCAGCUUCGGACGCCAUUCCGAGAACAUUUUCUGGGGAACAGACAGGUGACGCUCGUUCACCGAGAGCCACUAGCCAGAUUCUGCCACGAUCUGCUGGCGGGAGUCAGCUGUUAUUGUCGAGGGACGACCAUCUUGAAUUACAGGCAGAAGCAGAGGACGACGGGAUUCACGAGAUGCGACAAGAUUUUGAACAGCCGCGAGCAGGUUUGGACAGAAGGCAGCGCCGUUUGCGCCACGUCGAGCAAGAGCUCGAACGAUGGGUGCGCGGCGGCAGUUCUUUGUAA